GGCACGACCACUGGCACGACACCGCGUGGGGGUUGCACGGAGACCCCCUGGUGGGGCUCGGACUCCCGACCCCACAGUCCCCCACUGGAAAUGAUAUCAGUCGCGACUCGGUCGAGGGAGCCCCAACAGCACGACUACGCUCGGUGCCCCUCUGACGCGAACCACGAACUUCCUCGCGUACCUCGUCCUCGCUUUUUUCAACGCUUUCUCUCUCUUGCUCUUUUUCUCACUCUUUAUCUUUCUCUCUCAUCGUUGAGGUUGAGGGGACGUAAGGGCAUAACGGUGCAUCGUUGUGGUUGAUUUAUGACCCCGUGCGCUUCCUCAAAAACACGAUCGGAGGAGGCAACGUCGAGGACUUUGUAUUAACGAAGGUAAGAGAGUUUGCGAGUAGAAGGUAGCCGUCGUUGGUGUCGGCGACGUCGAGGCGCGGAUAUUAAUAGAGCGCCGACGACGGUGAGGACGGCGACGUAGCUCGGUGAGAUGAAUCUCGAUUCUCUUUUCCCUCUCUCUCUCUCUCUCUUUCUCUCUCUCUCUCUUUCUCUCUCUUUCUCUUUCUCUCUCUCUCUCUCUCUCUCUCUCUCUCGCUCUCACUCACUCGUACGUUCGCUGCUUACUCUCUCCGUCUGACACACUACGUAGGAUGGCAUGGCCUCGAUCCCUCCGUCGCGCGUACGCGCUGACACUCUUUCGGCUCGUCGUCCUGUCUGUGCUCGCUUUAUCUGCACGCGGUCUCAUCGAAGAAUACACGUGAUUCUCAAGUACUCGCUGAUAUUCAGAAAUACGGAAAAAAGAGACAGAGGAGAGAGAGAGGGAAAGAUAUAAAAAGGGAAAGAGAGACGACAAAAGAAACGGAAUUACACCAAUUGUUUUUUCUUCGCUAGAAAAAGUCUCGCGUUUCCUCCAUCUUGUUUUUAGCAUAUUCCUCUUUCCGAAAAUAAGUGUGCGUUCCCUCAGGAUAGCCCCCUUCGAGGCUAUGCAGUCACUCGUGCUUGUCUAUUCUAGUUGUUCGCAUCGACCCACCGUGUAUUAUCGGCGGGCGUACGUACGAAGAGAGAAAUAGGAGAGAGAGAGAGAAAGAGAGAGAGAGAGAGCGCGCGCGAGAGAGAAAGAGAGAGAGAGAGGGUCGUUCGUCGAGCCGUUUCUCCUCUAGCGAAUCGAGGAAUCGAUUUUCGGGCCGAACGCUGUGUAUCUUCCGGCCCCCCUACGUGAGAGACUGUUGGCAUGGACAAACUCCCUCCAACAUUUCUCUCUCUCUCUCUCUCUCUCUCUCUCUCUUUCUUUCUCUCUCUCUCUCUCUCUCUCUCUCUCUCUCUCGCUCUCUCGCUCUCUCUCUCUCACUCGUGACGCAAUUAUCUUGCUGAGCCCUUCGUUUUAACCUUUAUCGUAUAAUCGUUACAAAAUUUCUCGCCGUACCGCCGAAUAAACUGUAUGGAAAUGUUCUUUUCAAGUUACAAUCUCCAUUCUUUAUUUGCUCAAUUACGAUUCUUUUGGGAGAAGCAUUGCGUCGUUGCAAAUCUGAAAUAUUUUCUUUUAAAGCAUCGAGUGUGCAUCGUUCAACGCUUACUGUUUUUUUUUGUCGAGAAUCUACGCGUUAUCAAAUGUUUUCUCUUUUUUUUAUUUGUCGAAACAAUGGAUAAGCGUGUUUUGCUAUUUUUUUUUUCACACGACACUUUAACCUUCAAACGUUUUUCGUAAGAGUAACGAUCGGACUGAGGUACUCAUCUUCGUUGUCCUCCUUCUAAAAACAUAGGAAAAAGAAGAAAAUAUAAAUUCGUAGGAGACGAAGAAGGUAGAGGAUGAGGAUGAAGAGGAGGAAGAGGCACGUAGGGAGCCCCUUGGAAAGUGCGUGCGUGGGUCCACCAACGAAAUUAUGGAUCGAGGCGAGCCGAGCGUUCGCGUCUGCGCGUCAUACUUAUCGCAUAGCUUUCUCUCUCUGUCUCUCUCUCUCUCUCCCCCUGUUCUCUCUUCGCUUUUCUUCUCGUUCACUACCCCUCCCUAUCUCCUCUUUCUCUCUUUCUCCGCUUGCACGUUUUAUACGCGCUUCCCAUGUCCGUGUGCAUGAAAAUGCGAACGAGUUCACCCUCGGAAACAUCCCCGUCUUCUUUUCGACCGUACAUCCCUCCUUUUCGCUUUUUUCACGCGUUAUCCUUUGUCGUUUUAUCUCGUACGUUCGGAGGUACGAGUUUAGGCGACUAUUUCUCGAAAUCGCGAGAAUGUAUAUAAGUAUAUACACUUCUCAAAGCCUCACGGAAUUGUAUUCUAGAAUGGAUAGUUUUACGAUAAGUAGAAUUUUGUUUGUACGAAUACGUUCGGUGUAAAAGAAUUUUACUGCUUUUGUCAACGUUCUUUUGUUUCCAUACCACCGGAUUGAAAGCUGUUAAACCGAAUUCGUUAACCCGUUUGUUAGAUAUCUAAUGCAACGAAUGAGUAUCAUCUUUCGAAUGAAAUGUCUAGAAUGGAUACUAGUGAAAUGAAUGUACGAUAUCUAAAAUACGGCAAGAUAACUGAGUUACUUAAUUAGAAAGUGUCUUUUUCCGGUAACAUAUCGAUUUUAUAUUCAUGUAGAUAUAGAGAAAGAAACACGAUACGAAAGAAAUAAUUCUCGUAAAACAGAAUUCGUUUGUAUUCGUUUAAUGUUUUCUUCGUAGGCAACAGGACACAUCAACCUUUCGUCGUUAGCCUAGUGUUUAUAAGAUUUGUUAUUCACGCUCGCCUACCAUCCACGAAGACGACUCAAUAGCAGUGUUUACACGAUCGUCGCGAGAAGAGGGCACGGUUGUCACGAAAGUAUCGUUUGGCUUAGCGAGCCCGUGCAAGAGGAUAUCUUUCGAGGCUCGUUUAUGCAACACGUGUACUAUAAUACCUAUAUACUCACAUACAUAUAUAGAUUCGCGAAAGUAUAAACGCGAUCUCUAGCACUUCGAAGGAUCGCAGUUUGGAGCUUGAUAAAACGGUGAUUACGUUUAAAGUGCAUGGUCCUUCGCGGUUCAACCUCUCUAAAUGUCUCUUCAUGGACGAGCUAUCCGUGAUGCACGAACGAUUACGAUCUAGUCAGUAUUGCAUAGGAUUACAGUCUGCUAGAAUAAUGGGCGAGAAAACGUUCAAUCUCACUUGGAACAAUCACCUCGCAAACUUGUCAGGUUUGUUCGAGGGACUUUACAAAAGUGGCUCCCUCACGGACGCGACCUUAGCUUGUCAGGGAGGCAUGCUGAGGGCACAUAGGUUGGUUCUGGCAGCAUGCAGUCCUUACUUCGAAAGAGUAUUCAAGGAGCAUUACGGCGAACAGCCCAUACUUAUACUCAAAGGCGUUGCGGUGGAAGAAAUGGAGUGUCUCCUAGACUUUAUGUAUCGUGGCUCGAUCGACGUAGCCGAGGAACAUUUACCCUCGUUGAUAAAGACUGCAACGGACUUGGAGAUUCGUGGGCUCUCGGGAGAUCAGAGAAAUCAGGAUAACGGUCGAAGCUCCUAUACCAGGCUAGACGCGAGAACUCAACGAUGUCACAUCGAGACGAGGGUUCACACCACCGAGUACAUAAAGGAACCUUCGGUCAUACCUUUCCUACCGAAGCAAUCGUCGAUCGAGUCGUUGGAGGAUACCAUCAAGGUCGAGGAGAUCGAGGUCGAGGACGAUCCGAUGGUAAUGGACGGUCACGAGGAUCCGUUCGACGAGCCGUUGCGAUCAUCCGGGACGCAAAUCAAGCGCAUACCACCACCCAUGUACAAGCGGGAGACCAGAUACAAGGGACAAAAGAGAGUGUCGGUAGGUCGGAUAACAAGGAACAGCGAUCCAUUGGAUAUCAAGCCAAAGGAUCGUUCCUCUUUAAGAGAGGAAUCUGACAGGGAAUGGCCCUACGAGGAUGCCAGUAGUACGAUCAAGUCGUUUAACAACGGUUCCGUGGAUCCGACGGUACCUGACAUUCAGAUGAACGAUGAUAUGAGAGAACGGGAGGAAAGCAUGAUGUCACCAAAGAGUCCAGAAGACACGCUGAGAAUAGGUGUGAAGAGGAAAGCUGAAUUGAUAGCGAAAAGAGGUGGUGUAAACGAAACAAGGGGGGAAAUGAAGAGCUCGUUGAAGACAGACAGAGCCCAAUAUAAACCCUUCUCUUGCGACCUUUGUAUUUUGGCAUUCACCAGAGCGUCUCACUUGGCCAGACAUAGAAGAGUUCAUACAGGCGAGAGACCGUUCGCGUGUAACAUAUGUCCGAGAAUGUUUGCGAGACAAGACAAGUUAAAACAACAUCUCGAUUCGCAUUUGCAAUCUUCCAAGAGAAAGACUAAUUUAACCGCGGCGUCGACUCCAACCGUACCGGUGAAAGGGAAACGUGGAAGACCGAGGAAGGUGAAUACGGAACAGUCGGUUGUGCAAGACUUUUUGAAGUUUGGUGAAUUCAGCUCGCUUCUCGACAAGUCCCACUCUAACGAUACUUUAAGUAAAAACGAUGAUACAUCAAUGAAAACAUCGACGACGACGACCAUGACGUCGACGACAAUGACAACGACGGAAGGCGAUAAAAGAGUAACCAAUCGCGAAGAAUUGUAUAAACAAAAGGACGCGGAUAAAGACAAGAAUAAGGAUAAAGACAAUUAUGGAUGCCAGGUCGAAAACGGUCGGGAUGUCUCUUACUAAAAUUGCCGCGUUUCGAUUUUCAAGAUUAAGAUCAUUUUUCAAACUCGUGCGUACCGUUGGAAUCGUUCACUUGCGAUUAUUCGAUUACCUUGUACCUGAGGUAUCUACGCCGGCGACCAGGCGACUACGCUGCUUUUGCGAACGUUUCGAAAGAAAAACAAGAAAGUUUGUGAUCGAAGGGGAAAACCCGUCUCAAUCACGAAGGAGAAUCGAACGUUGACGGAUGAAAUUAAUCGACGUUUCGAGGGACGCGUGAACGUUUGUUCUAAACGAUCAAAUUAACGAAAAAGAAUACUGUUCUACGCUGGAAAUUCGAGCAAAUUACGUCAGCGCGGAGAUAUGGUCUAAUCUACUUUGUAAAUUCAUCCGGCCCCUUUAUACACCGACAGGAAACGAUUGUUCUGCUAUUGGUUCUGUUUGAACGAGAAAACGACGAAUGCACUACUGAUCGGUACUCUGUACGUUCGUAUAUACUUAAAUCGCAAAAUAUUCGUUGUGGAAUUAGAAUUGUAAUGCUUUUUACGACUAUUAUUUAACGACUUUGUCGCGAUAUUUAACACAUACAUGUGGAAUAUACAAUAGAUUUACCUAGAGUUGGCUCGAUGGUAGGAUGCGAGCCAUAUGUACGUACCAUACAUUAAAAGUAAUUUCGGAUAUUUUGUCAUACGUAAGAUAAGUCAAGUACAAAUCUCCAAAUAUUAGUGCACGUACGAGCACUGAAGGCUAAGUGUGCGUGUGUGGUAUACAUGUGAAGAAAUGUAUACCUGAACUGUAUAUCAUUAGACGUAUUUUGCAUAUAUGCCAUUUCAACUUGUUAGUGCGUAAAAGAAAAACUCGGUUCGUCGAACGAACAAAAGUUCAUUGUUUCAUUAAUGUAUAUCUUGAUGUUUAUUGUUUAUACGAAUUUAGAUUAGAUAUUAUCGGGUACAUUCAAAAAGAUACCUAAGAGAUCCUCUUGGUGUUUCGUACGAUUCAAAGUGACACACACAUACACACAUAUAUAUACAUACGAUAUAUACAUGUACGUAUAUAUAUAUAUACAUACAUACAUAUACAUAUAUAUAUAUAUAUUGAAGGAUGUUUUACAUUGAUCAUUAUUACACGAUAUUAUAUCAUAUGACGAAUAGCUAAGAUAAUGAAAUAGAAUAAAGUUAUAGGAGUUUUAUUUCUUUCGUUUCUUAUUCGUGUAUAUCAAAGUACGUAUGAAAAAAAUGAACUUCGAUGUAUCAAAAGAACGAAUUGCAUACGCGAAAUGAAAGAUUUUUUAAGAUAUAUUGGAGUUCAAAUUCUAUUCUUGCAAAUUACGUGAUAUAAAAUGUUGCAAUAUUUUAAUCGUAUUCGUUUUCGUAGCUUGUUCGAUUAGAAAUGGGCAAAAGAAAAUAUCAAUUAGUACGAUUGUUUUGCCUCUUUAAUUGGUUGUUGUUGUUGUUUGUUAAAGUGUCGUUUCGUUCUGGUUAUCAACGAUUCAAUAAUUAUUAUCUCACUUCAUUAGCUUUUUUUUUUUUUAAAUCAUGUGCAAUUUUUUAAACGAUAUACUAUUACGCGGCAUACUACGAGUGAACUGUAUGUAAUUUCAUGGAUCCACAUGCGAGUGAACAUAAGUGAGUCUUCAUAUCUUAUAAUGUAUAUUAUGUAGUGACGUGUAAAUAAUAUAUCUUAUGACGACAUAA